ACUAAUAAACAAUACAUUUUUAUAGGAUGAAAAUUGCACAGAAAAAGACAAGAGCCCCUAAAACAACAAAUAAACAAUAAGAUUACCUAAUUACAUAUAUGGAGAACCAUACAGCGUUUGCCACUGGCAAAUUAUUAGAAGCAAAGGGAAAGCCAACUCAUGAUGUACAAUGGCAGCAAUUAACUGAACAGUUAAAUAGUUUAGACGGACCAUCAAAGGACCAGGUACAGAAGGUUGGAAAAAACUGUGGUGUGAUCAACGUAACCAAGCCAGAGGUCGGGCAGCCAAAGCAAAAGCAGCACAAAAGAUGACUGGCAAUAUUGGAGCUCCAAUACAAUUGAAAGAUUUGGAUUUGAGAAUCAUUUCUAUUUUUGGAGGUGAAUCUUCUGUGGGCUUAUCUAUAAUGGAAGUAGGACUCGAAGAGCAGCCUGAGGACAUUAUUAAUCCAUCAGUACUUUUGGGAUUGGCAUCAACUAAUGUCUCCAAAGAAAAUAUUAUUAUUGAGGAAGAAAAGGAAACAUCAACAAGUGAAAAAAGCAUAGAUAAGGAAAAUACAAUUUCAUUUUCAUUGUGCCAAGAUGAUAUUUUGCUUUCAACUUUUAAUAAUAAGAAAACAUAUCAGUCUCAUCCAAUAUUCCAAUCUUCCAAUAUUGAUCGAAUUCCUCUCCAGUCCAUUGAUGAACCAUGUAGCAGCAAGCAACACAAUGUACCUAUGUCAACUAAUAUGUCAACUCAACUGACAAUAGCCUCAAAAGAGUCAUUGACUUCAAAUGCAUCAAGUAUAACGAGAUGCAGUAGUAAGUAUUACAUAGGCUACAUUUCUAUAUUAAUUAUCAGUAUAGAAAAUCUAAACUAUACAUGA